AUGAGUACUCGAAUUUGGAGAACAAAAGUCGUUUCGGUCGGGAAAGAUCCCCAAAGGUCGUUUCCUGUCGGGAAACACAAUUCGACAUUGCUAGCUCUUAGGCAUAGAAACGUCUCAGUGACGAUCGAGACGUCGAAUUUGACGUCGUCAUCCAGAUAUGCAUUCAGCACAAGCGCUCGUCUGCUCACGACUCCUCCCCCUUCCACCAAGUCGACAUCUCCGACUGAGACCCCAAUCCCCACGCCCCCUACAUUGAAGCCUUCGAGUAAACCUAAAGUGGACUUGAGACCAGGGCCUAUCAAAUCUGGGACUUCCGCAAAGUCUAGUGCGUCAGCGUCGCCGCGUACAGUCACUCCUCCGUCAGCGCCGUCACCGUCAUCAUCGCAUUCGGUCGAAGCAGGAGCUCAGAAGCUGGGAGAGAAGCUGGAGGAGAGCGUAGAAGUGAAGAAGCCGGAACCUGGAGUCAUUGAGAUUACGAAGGCGGAUUAUGAGCAGGCUAUCCGACAUGGCAUCCUCGCACCACCACCCGCAAGUGCUGGAAGAAUAGGGAAGCUGUAUCAUCAAGCUAAGGAGAUUUUCAAAUUCUACUGGAAUGGCAUCAAACUCGUGAACACGAAUAGGCAACGAGCUAACGAGAUCAAAGAGCGCGUCAAGUCUGGUGGUUCUCCACUCACUCGUUGGGAAACGAAAUUCAUUGAAACCACCGAUAGGGACAUGUUCAAGCUUGUACCCUUCGUAGCAAUCGUCGUCGUUCUCGAAGAAAUUAUCCCCCUUAUCGUCAUUUAUGCACCUGGGAUGCUCCCGUCGACAUGUAUCCUUCAUUCCCAACGAGAGAGGAUCGAGACCAAACGGAGACAGAAGCAACGCGUAUUCGCAGAGGCUAUGGAAGAAGAACUCACUGCUAUCACAGAGAAGGAGGUCAGGAAGGAUGGUGAGAAGGUUGGAUUGGUGACGUUGGAUCAGGUCAAGAUUGAGACAAUGGCCUUGUGCGGCAUGCUGUCUCUGUCCACUUUCGGUCCUCCCUUUGCGCGCCGGUCUCGUCUGGAGCGACAUCUAAAGAAACUCGUUCCGGACGACAUACUAUUGCAACAGGAAGGGCUGGGCGAACGCCUCACACGGCCUGAACUUCUCGAUGCGCUCGAGGAACGUGGAAUUGUCGCCACUUCGUCUGAGACUCCCGCCCUGCAGAAGCAACUUCGCUGGUGGUUAGAGAAUGUGGGAGGCCAGGACCUGAGUGAGGCCGAUGCAGUGGCUAGGAGAAUAUCCUUAGUUGCUCGUAGUGGUCUUGGGAAAUACUGAGCCCUCAUGACUUUCUAUGCUUUCAUGCUACCUCGCCGUGGUAGGCCGUUUGAUGAUAUUUAUAUAUUACACGCGUUACUUUCACCCUCCGUUUGUGGGCGAAGUUGUUCGGUCUCUGGACCUUCACCUUCUCUGUUACAUCGUUUUCGCAUAGACUCAUACUCACUCACACCAUCCUCAUCUCACUGUCAUUAUCAUCGCUCUGUCGACCUAUAUAUAUCUAAAACAUAUUAUUAAUUCC